AUGCCCGAUGAGUCCCUGGGAGACCCUCCCACCCUCUGGGACGUGCUGAUGAAGGCCAACUACUGCCAGGGUACUGUGCGCAUGGUACCGCUCUUGGACUUAGUUCUUGACAGUGGGCUGUCGAGACUUCUCGUUGGUGUGCUAAGAAUUCUCUGUGGAGGAACCAGGUUAGCCACCCGGGAGGCUCCACCUGAAGUCAAGGGAGACGUCCCUGACAACCAGGAGAUCAAUAAGCGUCGUCCGCAUUGGACGCCGUUUGGUCUAGCAUUUGGUAAGGAUCCUAUACGGACUGGUGUGGCUGCAGCUCCUCAGGCUCAGGUGGCAGCACUCCCCCAGCCAGAGGUGGAACUCCCUCCACAGCCUCAGCAGUCACCUCACUCUACCUUGGGGCCCUCAGCACCUCCAGCGUUGGCACAAGGACCUGCUGCAGGACUUAGGUCCAGGAGGGCCCGAGAGGAAGAAGAGCCCUCAUCCUCUGAGUGGGCUCCCAUCCUUCCCAUCCGAGCCCUGGGGGGCACAAGUCCUGAAGGAGAGUGCACGUCUCAGUACUGGCCCUUUUCUAGCAGUGAUCUAUAUAAUUGGAAAACUCAAAAUCCUCCCUUCUCAGAGGACCCACGGGGACUCACCGGUCUGUUUGAGUCUAUUCUGUACACCCACAGCCCCACUUGGGGUGAUUGCCAGCAGCUUCUCAAAACUUUAUUCACUACCGAGGAACGGGAGCGAAUCCUCACCGAAGCACAGAAGAAUGUACCUGGAGGCGACGGUCGUCCGACCACCUUACCAAACCUGAUUGAUGAGGGGUUUCCACUCACCAGGCCUAACUGGGACUUCGGGAACGCUGAAGGGCGAUGGAUGUCCAAUGCGCAAAUGACCCACUAUCAAGGACUGCUCCUAGAUACCCCGCGAGUUACUUUUUCAGAGCCCACCUCCUUGAAUUUGGCCACACUGUUGCCUAACCCAGAGCUGGACAAGCCGGUGCAUAAUUGCCAAGAAAUUCUAGCAGAAAUCUUCCACGUACGUCCUGAUCUCCAAGACUCAGCCCUGCCGAACAGCAAGGUAAUCUGGUACACUGAUGGGAGUAGCUUAUGCAGGACGGAGUACUAAGGCUGGGGCAGCUAUAGUGGACCAGAGCGGGAACUUAGUUUGGAGCACUUCCCUGCCAGCGGGAACCUCCGCCCAGAAAGCUGAACUCAUUGCACUGGCAGAAGCACUUGAACGGGCGGAAGGGAAACGUGCUACUAUUUACACUGAUAGCAGGUAUGCCUUUGGGACUGUUCAUAUCCAUGGGGCAAUUUACCGGGAGAGGGGCUUUAUCACCGCAGAUGGAGGAAAGGUGUGCAAUCUUCCCGAAAUCCAGCGGCUGUUGGCAACGGUACA